GACUAGAAAUGUGUGUGUGUGCAUGAGAGCAUCUCCGCAUCUGUCCCGAUCCGAGCUAUUGUGUGUGUGUGUGCAUGUGUGUGUGAGCGUGGGGGCGCGUAGAGGAAGACGUCAGGGGUGUGUGUGUGUUUGCACAGAUCUGAAAUUUCCAACACAGCCAGAAGAGGAUAAACCAAAAAGUCCUGAUUGUUGUCACUUUUUUCUUUUUUUCCCCUCCUCCAAGCUCUCCAAGUGCCCUGCGCGCUCUGCGAAGUUUCUUUCCUCGACCCCCCUCUGCAUCACCACCCUCCUCUUGGUGCAGUACAUCUCCAGUGAGGAUACGCACGGUACAGAGGGUCCCUGAGUGGUCGAGCCAGAGAUCAUGAAGUGGAACCUCUUCAAAAAGAAGCCGGAAGCCAUGGUGGGCCCGGAGCCCACGGGCCUCGGCGGCACCCACCCGUCACACACCAUGACGAUGGCUCCCGCCGUCUCCACACCUGCGGACAAUUCCACCGAGUCCGAGGGACCCGUCAACAAGAAUGACGUCUUUGAGGAAAUCAAAAGCAAAUUUCUCAAUGAGAUCGAUAAAAUCCCAUUGCCUCCAUGGGCGCUCAUCGCCAUCGCUGUAGUGGCCGCCCUCCUCAUCCUCACCUGCUGCUUCUGUAUCAUUAAGAAAUGCUGCUGUAAGAAGAAGAAGAACAAGAAAGGCAAAAAGGGAAAGGACGGCUUCAACAUGAAGAACAUGCAGGGUGGAGAUAAACAACAGGAUGAUGAUGAUGAAGAAGGAGAAACUGGUUUGACGGAGGAGGAGAAAGAGGAAGAAGAAAAAGAAGUGGAGAAACUCGGAAAGCUUCAGUACUCGUUGGAUUACGACUUCCAGGAUAACAAGCUGACCGUGGGAAUCAUGCAGUGUGCCGAUCUGAUUUCCAUGGACUCUGGCGGCACAUCCGACCCUUACGUUAAAGUGUUCCUCCUACCAGACAAGAAGAAGAAGUUUGACACCAAGGUGCACAAAAAGACCCUCAACCCAGUGUUCAACGAAUCCUUUGUCUUCAAGAUCCCGUACCAGGAGCUGGGUGGGAAGACGCUGGUCAUGUCUGUGUAUGACUACGACCGCUUCUCCAAGCAUGAUAUCAUCGGUGAGGUCAAACUACCCAUGAACACUGUGGAUCUGGGACAGCCGAUUGAGGAGUGGAGAGACCUGGAUAGCGCUGAGAAAGAAGAGCCGGAGAAGCUUGGUGACAUCUGCAUCUCUCUGCGUUACGUUCCUACUGCGGGCAAACUGACCGUUUGCAUCCUCGAAGCCAAGAACCUGAAGAAGAUGGACGUGGGCGGCCUGUCUGACCCGUAUGUGAAGAUCCAGCUAUUGCAGAACGGCAAGCGUCUAAAGAAGAAGAAGACAACGGUGAAGAAGAACACUCUGAAUCCGUACUACAAUGAGUCCUUCAGCUUUGAGAUCCCACUGGAGCAGAUGCAGAAAAUCCUUGUGGCAGUGACGGUCUUCGAUUACGAUAAGAUUGGCAAAAACGAUGCCAUCGGGAAGAUCUUCAUUGGCAGCAAAGCCUCAGGCACAGCUCUUAAGCACUGGUCUGACAUGUUGGCCAACCCGCGCCGUCCCAUCGCCCAGUGGCAUCCCCUCCAGCCGGAGGAAGACAUCGACGGCGCUCUGGCUGCCCUUAAUGCCAAGAAGUAACUUCUCACAUCUCAGCUUGACUAACCAACUAACUAACCAACCCGCCACUGCAUGACACCCCACACUCAUCCGUACGCGCUCUGCCAGUUUGUUUCGCAUAAUCACCAACAAAAAUAUUCUAAAGAAUAUACUUGAAAAUAUGAACAAUAUCACAUGUUCGCCACAACCGCGUAAACUGAGGCAGGAGAAAUGGACACGUUUGGUCUGAAACAGUAUAUUGUGCACCUAAAUAGCAAACGCAAAAUGGUAAUCGGAGAAGUAGCCAGCAGAAGGAUAUUUUACACACCAUUUUCUACUCUGCAGCCCAAUUUUCCAGCCAAAUACGCAAAUACAAAAAUAGCAAAAACCAAGUAUGAAAGUGCACAAAAAAAUCAGCAAACGCACCAUUUUUGCACCUACAUGUCAUAUUAUUUUACAUUUUCAACUGGAUUAAAUAUCACAAGAGGUGGUUAUUUAUUUCAUCCCAUGAACAGGAAUGAAUUUGUUUCAGGAGCUGGAAUUUUGUGCCUAAUCAUAAGUUCAAAUAAUGGCGAGUUUAUGUUGCAAACGUUCACUUAAACAUCCCAGGAGAAGCGACCGGUGUAGGGCAGAUUUGUUUACAUUGUCGAUAGGUAAAUUAGGCUAUUAGCUCAUAAGACACACAAAAACGUGACGCAUUUGCAUUUAUGCGCCCAACAGAAAGACGAUCCAGGUUUACGGUUUUGUAGUCGAUUGAUAAAUGGGCUAACGCAAUAAACAUUCAACACGAGCCAAGCAUGGUUUACGCAGUCAGUGUAAAGCUAUAGACACGUCUCUUUUACUGUAACGCUGCGAUUACAGUGCCAAAUCUCACACAUAGAAGAUCCCAUCUGGCCAAACCUGACAGGAACUAAAGCUGGCUGUGAAUGUAUCGUGGGAUCGUACGAAUGAAACUUGCACUCAGUCGUCGUGUCCUCGAGAGCUCGCCGUCGUGUUUUCAUGAUCUCGGCCUGUUUGACAUACGUUCGAAAUGCCUGGUUGACGUCACUGCCGCCUUUGUCCGGAGCUCAAACCCAUUCAGUAAACUCCACCCCUCCGAGAUGCCAAAGUAUUAACUGGAACGGAAUGGUAAGUGGCGGUUAACUGGGCGCGUGGUAAACAAUACUAAUAAAAGCAAUCCGAAGCGUUCGGCUCCGCUCUUCAUCCCCAACGAUGCUUGUGUAUAUAUGCAUUGAUCAAAUCGGUUUCUACAGCAUGUACCUAUAAAUUGAUGUACAUAGAAGCAUGUUUUAAAGAUAGAGCAUAAUUAUAUUGUGUACGUGUGGCAUUUGUCAUUUUGAUAAUAAAAUGUAGAGGAAAGAAAAUGCACUGAAUGCACAUUUUAUGAAAUUUCCCUGAAAGGGCGUAAGACGUUUAAGAAUAUAUUAAUAUAGAGUUUUUCAAAAUACUUUUAAAUUCGCAACACAGAAUUAAGAGCUGUGUGUAACGUGAGUGUUAGACUCAUGCUUGUGGUGUCAGUUCGAUUUUAUUUGCGUUCGUUUACCUUUCCUGUCCAUGUAUUUGUUACGUUUCUGUGUGUAUUCUGUCCUGUUGCUGUGAAAAUAAGAAAUAAAAAUGUUCAGGUUGUGAAUUUACAGGAAUGUCUUGUUAGGGUGAAUCUCACACAGACGCAUCCCGGUUACGUUUCACCACAAGAUCAGAAAACACAAAGUGUAUUUUGCUUUAAGAAAUGUUUAGGACCAUUUUAUCGCACUGCGUUGUGCUCCAUCAGAUCGCAUCGCUUUACGUUAACGGAAAAAAAAAGUGCUUCGUUUUUAUAACAACACCAAAAGCAGCAAUGGUCUUAAAAUAGGCUUAACUUCUUUCCUUCUUUUGAUUCAUGUGACCUGAAUGUCGUCUCGUGAGAUUCACCUUUUAAUGUACAGUGUGUAAAACCAAUUUCUGAAACUAGAAGCCAUAUGCAUGGGCCCUCGCAAGAGCUCAUCGUUUUCGGACAAAACAAACACCUCAACAGAUAUCAAUAAUGUUAACCUUCACGCAUUUGAGCCAAAACGAUGCGAGAGCAACUGUCUGUUCAAAGACGGUUUCAGUUUUGAAGGAUAUCGGCAGACAAGAAAGCGACGCCCUCGUGAUUAUAGUAUUAAGUCAUUUGAGGUUACAUAAUAAACAGCAUAUUCACGUAAUUGCUUGCAAAAUAAAUGAAGUGAUGUAUUAUCAUAAAUAUGGUGAUCCAAAUGUACAAUGGCAUGACUUUAUUAUGCAAUAUGUGUGCAAUUGACAACCAGCCCAACAGAUCUGUUGUUUAUUUGUACAUUUAUUUUUUUCAGACAAGUUUGUGUAUGAUUUUCUGAAGAACUGCGUAUAUUUUCCCACAACGAUCUCAGUUUUUUCUAUUUUGGGAAAAUUAGCGAUCAAAAGGCGCACUGCUGGAGUGUUUUAUUUCCGCGUUUAAGACGGGGGCAGAUGAAUGCUUGUCUAAAUCAAAACACAAACCGAGGCCAGGAUGGCUAGUUAAUGAAUAAAGGUAGUCUUUUAGUGGCCAUUCACAUUUAUUGUUUUUAAUUCCUUCAUCGAAUGUUCGGGUCAGUGGUAUGUAAUCAUUUCUUUUCUAUGACUUUCUGUUCGCUUGGAACAGCCUUGGACUGUCUACUGCUGCUUAGGAAUAUUUGUCUGCUUCUCGUGUGUUGUACUUUGCGAUAGGACCAAUGUAGAAUAAUGUCUUAAUGUUUCUUCUGUGAACGUGAAUCAAACUGCAGGGCUCCGGUGUUCCUCUGCAGAGCAAGCAACAAAAUCCCAGUCUUCCCUGGGACACUGUGGAUGCCAGUCGACUGGCCCCCUUCCCUCUCUGUGUUGAGAGUUUUCCAUUCGUUGCAUUCUAAUAUCGGACCGUAUAGUCACAGAGACCUUCCCGAUGCAAUACUGCCAACAUCUCAGCUUACUAACAUCUCCUAACACUCCCGUCCAUCCCACCGCAACCUCCCCGUAAAGACUCUUCCAAAGAACUGAUGCCUUCCUUUUGCGUUCGUCCUGUGUGGAGGUUCCAGUGUUGUCGAUUCCUUUCGUGGAUGCUUUGGCAUGCUUUGAAAUCCCCUUCUACAAUCUUAACACGUCGGCCGGGGAAGAAAAAAGAAAGGCUUUCCUCCGGCCGCUCUUGUAGCUUCUUGUCAUCCUGUACAACCAAUGUGAAAAACCUCGAUGAAAACCAACCAGUAGAACGUCGACAUGCAGAUUUAUCCAUGAGUUAUCGAUUAGUUAAUCAUAGGAAAUAAAGAUCUUUUAAAUAUA